CUCGGAAGUGACGCCGGUUGCUGGAGGAAUGUUUGUGCGCAGUGAGAGCCAAGCAGAAAACAGCAGCGUCAACCAGAGACAGUGAGAACACAAAUACAAUAACCAAAAGUUAACAUCUGAGCCUAAAGAACAGCAGUCGGAAACUGAGAAAUUACAACCUAUCUGAACAGUGUGCAUUAUGAACCCAGUGUACUGCCCUGCACCAACAGGGGUCCCCUAUGCCAAUCAAAAGGGACAUUUAGUAGGAUACCCAGCUGGAUUUCCUGUGGGCUAUGCAGCCUCCCCUGCCUAUGCCCCCAACAUGUACCACCCUGGAGCCAACCACCCAGCCUUCCCCACAGGUUACGCUCCGGGCACUCCUUUCAAAAUGUCCUGCUCGCCCACCACGGGGGCAGUCCCACCUUACUCCUCGUCUCCCAACCCUUACCCUGGAGCAGUAUACCCUGUGAGAAGCACCUACCCCCAACAGAACCCCUACGCUCAGCAUCAAGGCACUUACUACACACAGCCGCUGUACGCAGCCCCGCCCCAUGUCAUACAUCACACUACAGUGGUCCAGCCCAAUGGGAUGCCAGCAGCCAUGUAUGCCCCGCCCAUGCACCACCCGCCUCGCCCCCACAAUGGUGUUGCCAUGGGGAUGGUAGCAGGGACCACUAUGGCCAUGUCAGCUGGAACAUUGUUGACGCACUCCCCGAAUCCCCUCGCCCCCCACCAAGUCGCGAUGCCCACAUACCGACACCCAGGCACGCCCACCUACAGCUAUGUGCCUCCCCAGUGGUGAAGUGAUGGCACUGUCAGAAGAUGGUAGAUAUGCAUCGACACUCCCGUCCAGUGUGCUACAGCUGAUGAUGAUGAUGACCCCCUUCAGCUGUUCUUCCUUCCUUUUGUAUAGGCGUGAUGCGAAUCUGAAUCCUAACCAUCCAUCAACAGGUCUGUUCAGAACGGGAUGAAGAGAAUCUUCCCACUCCUGACUGUUGCUGUUUGGAUUAACGCUAUCCCAGAAUCCUUCGCUCACUCUGCUGCAUAUCUUCCGUCAGAUGGCUACUGGAAGUCUCCUCCAUGCAAACUUGUGUUUUGUGGACUGUCUUUAGAAAUGUGUAGUUAACUAUUUUAAGUCGUUAAAAGAGAGUUUGGAUGAGUUUUUAUUUUUGGGAUCCAUAUCGAGGUAAAUGCGUGUGUGUGUGUGUGUGCUAAAUAACGCUCGCUCAAUCUACCUGAGACAUGCAAAAUCACCAAAAAGAUUGAAUCUAAAGGAACUAAGAAUAAGAACUGCAAUUGUUUUAGCACUGAUAUCGUGUCUUAAUUUGAAACCUUAAAUAAGAAAAGGGGGGGGGGGGGAAUAGUUUCAUACAAACUUAAAGAUGGAAUCCUCAGUAGGGAGGGGGGAACGGUGCCACUGGCUGCCCCACCUCUUGUGUCAGAGGGGGAACAACAGUGUUGGUUGUUUUGCAGUGGUAACAUCACAAACUGAUAUGGCUGUUUCACCAUUAACGAUUCCAGCGUUAGGAUUACUACUCAAAGCCGUGCGGGUUUUUAUUUGACUUGUUUUUAGUAACGUUGCUGGCAGAGUAUUAUUUCCCUAGAUGAAGCUGUGUCAACAUUUUGUCUGUUGGGCCAUUAUUAUUAAUUUUUUUUUGUAGUUUGGGAAAAUUAUAUUUUUUUGUUAGUGUUGAGUUUUGUGCCUCUGUGUCCAUUCCAACACUAAAUCAUUCUCCACACUCUUUGCCCAUUGGGAGAUGUUGUGGACACAGAGUUCCAACGUUCUUAAACAGAUCAUUUCCUUUCCUCUUGGACCAUUUGUCCUAAGAUCCCCAACAUCAUGACAGCAGAAUGACCUGUCGUGACAUGUGAUCGAUUACUGGUCGCAAAGGAAAGUCAUCUAUUGACAACUACUUGGACUCAGUCCUGCAGACAAUGAGUGAUUGUGUAUAAUUCUAUUUUCAGAGGUUUAAACUACUGAAAACGGUGCAUGUACAGAUGCAUGUAUGUAUUAUACCUGAACAUGUCUACUGAUUCCUUUAUGUCAUUGGUUUGGGCUUAACCACACCAAGAGCCACAAACUUUUAAAAUCAAUGCUAACCUGAGACAUUUUCAACAGGUUUGAGACUUUAUUAAAUGUAUUAUAAUGUUCUAAGCACUACUGGAAGACAAGACACAUUCAAUUCUUAUUUGAGACACAGUUUUAAGGAAGCCAGUACUUAACUGAAGUGAUGUCUCUCCCAAGUUACCUCAAGACUCCACCAGAACUCACCCGAUUUAUAUCAUUGUCUGAGUCACUCUCUAUCUAAUCUAAGUCACCUCAGUUACUGAAUCUGUUUUGUAAUGUGUUUUUGGGUUGUUGAGAAAGACUACAAAAUAAAAACUAUUAUGAGAA